ACUCACCAGCCAGGCAGUCACCGGCUUAAUCCGUAGGCGGAAGCAGAUGGGGGAUGCUUCUCUUCAUGUGUGCAAUCAGAGGAACCGGAAGAAAUUAACUCUGAACGAAGAAGUGAGAACACUCGCACGCACGUAGGGAGAGAGUGAGGGAGAGGAUGACGACUCGAAUCGCUCCUGGCGUUGGAGCGAACUUGCUGGGCCAACACUCCGCCGAGAGGAAUCAAGACGCCACUGCCUAUGUUGGCAAUCUCGAUCCUCAGGUGACAGAGGAGUUACUAUGGGAGCUGUUUGUUCAAGCAGGUCCAGUGGUUAAUGUAUAUGUCCCCAAAGACAGAGUGACCAAUCUUCAUCAAGGAUAUGGUUUUGUAGAAUUCCGGAGUGAGGAAGAUGCUGACUAUGCAAUCAAGGUUCUGAAUAUGAUUAAGCUAUAUGGGAAGCCAAUCCGUGUAAAUAAGGCAUCCCAAGAUAAAAAGAGCUUGGAUGUUGGGGCAAACCUCUUUGUUGGAAACCUUGAUCCAGAUGUGGAUGAGAAACUGCUGUAUGAUACUUUUAGUGCAUUUGGAGUUAUUGUUACGAAUCCCAAGAUAAUGAGGGAUCCUGAGACAGGAAAUUCCCGUGGUUUUGGUUUUGUUAGCUAUGAUUCUUUUGAGGCAUCUGAUGCUGCUAUUGAGGCAAUGAAUGGCCAAUAUCUUUGCAACCGUCAAAUAACUGUAUCCUAUGCAUACAAGAAAGAUACUAAAGGCGAACGUCACGGCACUCUAGCAGAGAGAGAGUUGGCUAGGAGCAAUCCAGGUACCCAAAAGAGCAGGCCCCACACCUUGUUCGCAAGUGGACCUCCCACACUACCCAAUGUUGCUCAAGCCAAUGGUGCGAUGGGUGCUCCAAUUCCGCCACGACCCUUUGCAAAUGGUGCAGUUCCUCCUACUCCAAUUCCACCACUACGUGCUCCUCCACCUCCACAGGCUGCAGUGGUCUUCCCACCCAUGCAGGUAGGGGGACCACCGCCAUCUUGGCAGAACCAGCCACCGCAACCAGGUCAAGCAGUCCCACCGCAUAUGAUGCCUCCGCCACUUCAGCAACUCAGGCCCCCUCCCCCAAGCAUGCCUCCCCCACCUCCCCCACAGGUUGCUCCAGCUCUUUCAAGGCCGCCACCACCACCAAUGGGAAUGGGGGCUCCUCCUCCUAUUUGGCGGCAGCCACCACCCCCUCAGCAGAUGGCUGGGAGGCCUCCUGCUAUGCCUCAGAUGUCAAUGCCGCCGCCUCCCCCUCCACUGUCUUCAAAUUGAGCACUAGAGAAGCCAUUCUAAGAGUCUGCGGCGACUUCUAUCCCCAUGUUUUGGUUCUCUUUCAUUACUACUUUUACAAUGGAUUAGGAUCAUACGAAUUGUAACAUAAACCAUCUUUAAGUUGUUCUAUAAUUGACUGGAAAUGAAGUAGGGUUUUUGGAUGAAA